AUGAAGCCUUUUCUUGGACACCCUAUCAAGGAGGUUUGCAGAAGAAUAGACGGAGGCCCGGCUGGGACUAGUAUUCUGGAGCGCAUAUAUGAAGGAGUGAAUGUCUACUACAAUUAUACUGGAGAAGCUAAGUGUUUUGAACUGGAUGAUGAUCCUCAUGGCCUGAGUGGUUGGGACUUUCAGGCAUGUACUGAAAUGGUUAUGCCAAUGUCUUGUAGCAAGGAGUCCAGCAUGUAUCCACCAUAUGAAUAUAAUUACUCUUCUUUCGAAGAGGAUUGCUUCAAGAAAUUCGGAGUGAAGCCAAGGCCACGUUGGAUUAUUACAGAAUUUGGAGGGCAUGAUGGCUGGACACCAUUACAUCUUGCAGUUCAAACUCAGAGAAAUGAUGUAGUAAAGCUUCUGGUGAUUAAAGGCGCAGAUAAGACAUUAAAAAACAAGAUGGAUUAG